AUGAGUGCAGCAAGAGGAGAAGAUUGGUGCAGCAAGAGGAGAAGAUUGGUGCAGCAAGAGGAGAAGAUUGGUGCAGCAAGAGGAGAAGAUUGGUGCAGCAAGAGGAGAAGAUUGGUGCAGCAAGAGGAGAAGAUUGGUGCAGCAAGAGGAGAAGAUUGGUGCAGCAAGAGGAGAAGAUUGGUGCAGCAAGAGGUUAACCUCCUCGCUCAUCACACUGCAAGUGUGGCAAAGUCGGCCCAAACAGUGCCACCCUCCCUCCAACACACCCAGACAGUGCCCCCCUCCCUCCAACACACCCAGACAGUGCCCGCCUCCCUCCAACACACCCAGACAGUGCCCCCUCCCUCCAACACACCCAGACAGUGCCCCUCCCUCCAACACACCCUGACAGUGCCACCCUCCCUCCAACACACCCAGACAGUGCCACCCUCCCUCCAACACACCCAGACAGUGCCACCCUCCCUCCAACACACCAAGACAGUGCCCCUCCCUCCACAGACCAAGACAGUGCCCCUCCCAACAACACACCCAGACAGUGUCACCCUCCCUACAACACACCCAGACAGUGCCCCCCUCCCUCCAACACACCCUGACAGUGCCACCCUCCCUCCAACACACCUAGACAGUGCCACCCUCCCCAACAAACCUAGACAGUGCCACCCUCCCUCCAGCACACCCAGACAGUGCCCCCUCCCUCCAACACACCCAGACAGUGCCCCCUCUCUCCACACCCUAGACAGUGCCCCUCCCUCCAACACACCCUCUCCAGACAGUGCCCCUCCCUCCAACACACCCAGACAGUGCCCCCCCUCCCUCCAACACACCUAG